AUGGUGCCACGAACGUCGUACGACUCACAGGCGACAGCGUCCGAUGCUACCGUGGAGGAGCGCGAUGAGAAGCCCUAUCGCGACGACGCCUCCGCCGACGAUGCCCCUCUAUACCCGCCAACCCGAGUCUCGUCGCGCUACCAUGCACACGACGAGCUGGAGGACGGCCUCGGCGGGGUGCGGCUCGACGAUGAUGAGCAGGUCGGACUCAUGCAGGCCGACCGUGACGCACGCAAACCGCACCAAGGCUCGCGUAUCUGGAGCCAGCUGCGCUCCUCGCCGCAACGCUCGGACAAGCGCAGACCAACUGCUUUCUCAGGCUGUUUGAUAUUUUCCGGCGUCGUGAUCGGCUUCAUGCUCGCCUUGCCACUCCUGCAGUGGCUCUCGUCCAACACAGCGUCUGCAGCCCCAGCAAGCACCUCCGUGGGAACAGCAAAGCCAAGCAACAACAUUUCGUCGGAUGCAUCGAUAGAAUCGGUGCACAGCUGGAAGCAGCCUGCAUCGCCCAACACGCCGGCGGGCCACUAUGCGCUCGCCAACACGCAACUGUUCAAAGUCGACUUUCAGGACCCUGGCUGGGAAACUGUGGCGCAGGCUGCUGCGGGUACGGGUCUGACUGAGGCCGAAGUGACCUCGUUCAAGACGCACGAUGGACACGACCUGAUGCCGCUCGACAUGGACACGGUGUUCAGCGGAACGCUCGCGCCGCAAACGAGCGACCUCACGUGGAGCGAAGAGGAUCCGGACGAGGGCGUGUUCAGCCAUGUCGACUGGACCAAGCGUGACAUCUGGCUCGAGGACGUCACGCACGCACGCCAUCAAAAGACGGGCAGCGGCAAGGUGGCGCCGUUUGGCGGCAAGGUGCUGGUGGUCGAGGGCAAAAACGUGCUGGAUGCAAACGGCAGGAUGCUCACCUGGACGAGCUUCAAGCUGUCGCCCGAUCUGCGCUGGGUGCUCUUCUUCACCGAGGAGACCGACCAGUGGCGAUACAGCAAGAAGAGCCACCUGUGGCUACACGACAUUGCGGCCAAGAAGACCACGCAGCUCGGUUCGGGACCCAAGGCUCCGCCCAAGGUGACUUAUGCCGCGUGGGCGCCGCGCUCAGCGGGAGCGAGCACGGACGAGGCGCCGACAAUCGCAUUUGUCGAGGAGAACAACCUCUUCGUCGUGCCGCGCGCAGGCGAGAGUGCGGUCAAGGUGACCGACGAUGGGGCGGCGACGAUCUUCAACGCGGUGCCGGACUGGGUGUACGAGGAGGAGGUGUUUGGCACCGACUCGGUCAUGUGGUUCAGUCCGGCCGGCUCGAAGCUCGUCUUCCUGCGCCUCGACGAGACGGCGGUUCCCGUGUACGAGUUUCCGAUCUACAAUCCGGACCUGUACCGCGCGGGGAUGACGCAGGCGUAUCAGAAGAUGACACGCAUGAAGUACCCCAAGCCGGGCUUUGCGAAUCCGACGGUGAGCGUCAAGAUGAUUGAUCUGGACGAGAUCCGUUCUGCGACGCGUCAGGGUGGAGCGGUGCGGCCGACGCAGUAUACGCUGCACAGCCCGAUGUCGAGCAAGGGCAAGGCGGCGGACGAGGUGGAUCGGCUGCUGUCGACGGACGCGGGCGUCAAGGAGCGGCUGGUGACCGAGGUCAAGUGGGUGUCCGACAGCGCACUGCUCGUCAAGGAAACAGAUCGAUACAGCGAUGUGAUGCGCAUCGUGCACUUUGACGUCGCGCGCGGCAUGCUCCCGACGAUGAAGGCGGGAAGUGCAGGUGCGGAUGUAGAGGGUGAAGUGAUGCGGAAGCAGGAUGCACGUGCGGACAAGAGCGGCUGGAUCCGCGCCGCGCAGACCAUCGAGCCGCUCUCGCACCACAAUUUGUCAGUCGGCUCCACGGCGUACCUCGACAUUGUCGUUUCGCCACAGGGCUUCCGCCAUCUGGCGUACUACGACUCUGCGACGUCAGACCAGCCGGUGUUCCUCACCGACGGCGCGUGGGAGAUCGCUGCGCUCAAGCAUGUGGAUGCGCGGCGCAGGCGGGCGUACUUUGUGGCUGCACGUCCAACGCCCGCGCUGCGCAACGCGUACUACGUCGAGCUGCCGGACUGGCAGGCGUCGGCGUCGUCGCGCACGCCGGCGACCUACACGCUCAAAGAGCCCGUGCCGCUCACGGAUGUGUCCAAGCCCGGCUCGUACGAUGUACGCUUCGACCCCAAGGGUGCGUACUACGUGCUCGACUACCAGGGCCCCGACGUUCCGUACCAGAAGGUGGUGGGAGUGGACGAUGCGUCAUUCGAGCUGAUGCUCGAGGAGAACGUGCUGCUGCGCCAGAUGUCGAGCCAGUACGUCAAGCCGAGCAGCACGUUCUACCAGCUCGUGCUCAACAGCACGCUGGCGGAUGGCAGCCGCGCGGUGGCGAGUGUGCAGGAGAUCCGGCCGCACGACUUUGACGCGUCGGGCGAAACAAAGUACCCCGUGCUGGUGCGCGUGUAUGGUGGGCCGGACUCGCAGCUCGUGGAUGCGCGCUGGGCGCGUGCCGACUGGCACCAGUACGUUGCGUCGACACUUGGCUACAUUGUGGUUGUGGUCGAUGCACGCGGCACUGGCUUCCGCGGGCAGGCGUACCGUGCCACCGUGGCGGGUAAGCUGGGCGAUGCCGAGGCGCAUGAUGUCAACGAGGCUGCAGCAGCCAUCGCCACGCUGCCCUACGUCGACGAAAAGCGGGUGGGUGUGUGGGGCUGGUCGUACGGCGGCUACCUGACGGCCAAGAGUGUGGAGCUGGACAAGAAGGUGUUUUCGCUCGCCGUGUCGGUGGCGCCGGUGACGAGCUGGGCGUUCUACGACUCGGUGUACACGGAGCGCUACAUGAAGUCGCCGCACACGAACCGCAAAGGCUACGAGGCCUCGGCGGUGCACGUCAACAGCGCGUUUGGCAAGACCAAGUACCUGCUCAUGCAGGGCUCGGCGGACGACAACGUGCAUUUCAGCAAUUCGGCGCACCUGCUGGACAUGCUCACUAAGGCCAAGAUCCGCGGCUUCCGCUUCAGGAUGUUCACCGACAGCGCACACAGCAUCAGCGUGCGCGGAGCGUACCGAGAGCUGUUUGAGGAGAUGACCAGCUUCAUCGCCGAGCUGUGGGGCGCUGGUGGGCGCAGGGAGCCCAAGGGCGCAAAGGCCAAGAAUCGUCCCGCACUACACAACUCGGUGGAGCGCCGGGCAUAG